UUAGAAGAUUAUAAAAAAGAAAAUGAAACACUUUAUUUUGGCUUUGUUUUUGUUUUUCUCUAUUUGCUACACAACAACCGCUCUAAAAUGCAUUAACUGUGCCUUGGUAAGAUGCAAAUCUCCCGAAGGAUGCAAAGCCGGAACAGUCAAAGACUUUUGUGGCUGUUGUGAUAUUUGUGCUCAGGCCUCUGGUGAAGAAUGCGGAGGAGUAUUGUUGCGUACUAAAAAAUGUGGUAACGAACUGGAAUGUGUCAAAAAGAAUAGUACAGACCUGAUGGGAAUAUGUCGACCAAGAUGCGGGCCUUUUUGCAAAAUGUUUUGUCCAUAUGGAUAUGUACUUGACAAAAAUGGAUGUCCGACUUGUCGCUGUAACAGUCAACCAAAGUGUGGGCCAGUAUGUAUGAUUUACUGUGAAAACGGAAACGUUCUUGAUGCAAGAGGAUGUCCGACCUGUAAAUGCAACCAAAUACCAAAAUGCGUGUCAAAACCAUAUUCAAUUGAAGAAACAAUAAUCAGGCCAAUGUGUCCAAAAAUCGCGUGCCCACUGAUCAAAUGUGCUUAUGGACAAGUACUCGAUGAAUAUGGCUGUAAGACAUGUUCUUGUCGAAGUGUGCCUCCUUUAUGCAGCAAAGAUGGAUGUUGUAAAGAACCUACACGUUUUUGCAAUAAAAACAACAACUGCUGUAUACACGAUUCGACUUGCUUUCCAUACUCCGGAUGGUACAGAAGCUAAUCAUUUCAAACGCAAAACCUUUUUUGAAAAUGGAAUAAAACAGUAUAAUAAUUUAUUUUUUCUUUAAU